CUUCUCUCUCUCUCUCAGUGUGCUCAGUCAGAGCUGAGGGCACAGCCUCCCUGAAGAGUCUCUGUCUCACAGGCCCUGCGCAUCUGCUGCUCUCAGCCCGGUAAGCCGUGUGUGGGAAAUGGAAUCUCCCCAGCAAAGUUGUGUCCAGCCAGAUGCUAGUCUCGAGAUCAUGAAGGCUGGAAGCGUCCUGAGAAAAGCAAAGUCUCGCAUCUGGGGAGGACACCGCCACUACAAGUUGCAGGACGACUGCAAGACCAUCGCGUACAAAUCCAGCUGGGCUAUGAACUCAUUCUCAACCUUCUCUGUAGGUGAUGUGGAGGCAGUGCGUGAGGGCCAUGAGUCCGAGGUGUUCCUGAGUGUCGCAGAUGAAUAUCCUCCAGAACGCUGUUUCACGCUUGUUUUCCGUGGCCGCCGUGGGAACCUGGACUUGGUGGCAGAGUCAGCCGAGGAGGCUCAGGCCUGGAUAAGGGGUAUGCAGACCCUCAUAGAGAAUCUGCAGAACAUGGGCGAGAGUGAAAAACUUGACCAAUGGAUCUCUGACUUGUUUCUGAAAGCAGACAGGAACAAAGAUGGCAGGAUAAGCUUUAAGGAGGUCCGCAGGCUGCUGAAGCUCAUGAACAUGGACAUGAAUGAAGACCACGCAAGCUCUCUUUUUAGGACGGCCGAUAAGAGUCAGACAGGUUUUCUGGGAAGUGAGGAAUUUGUCCACUUCUACAAGAUGCUUACUCAGAGAAAAGAGGUUGUGGAGCUGUUCCACGAGUACUCCAGCGAUGGACAAACGCUCUCACAUUGUGACCUGGAGGAGUUUCUGCGGGAGGAGCAGCUGGAGGGAGACAGGAGUCAAGAACAUGCGCUUGAGCUGAUCCAAAGAUAUGAGCCUUCAGAUACAGCCAAAACCAACCACACCAUGUCAAUAGAUGGCUUCUUGAUGUAUCUGACCUCUGCUGAUGGUUCCAUCUUCAACUCAGAAGACCAGCGUCUCUAUCAGGACAUGACUCAGCCUCUCAACCAUUACUUUAUCAGCUCAUCACACAAUACGUACCUUCUAGAGGACCAGCUGAAAGGGAGGAGCAGCGUGGAGGGCUACAUUCAGGCUCUGAAGCGGGGCUGUCGCUGCUUGGAGAUCGACUGUUGGGAUGGUUCCAGUGGAGAGCCUGUCGUUUACCAUGGACACACUUUCACAUCCAAGAUUCUCUUUAAAGAUGUAAUUAACACAGUGGCAAAAUAUGCCUUCAAGACCUCAGAGUACCCAGUUAUCUUGUCUAUUGAAAACCGGUGCAGCGUGGAGCAACAGAAAGUCAUGGCUCAGCUCUUAAAGGAUAUCCUUGGUGACAUGCUGCUGAGGACUACAAUAGAUGGCAAAGUCCCUAGUGUACUCCCAUCUCCAGAGGAACUAAAGGGAAAAAUUCUGGUGAAAGGGAAGAAGAUUGGAGGACUGGAGUCCUUGGAUGCAGACAAUCCAGUAAGCGGUGAAGUGAGUGAUGAAGACGAUUCUUCAGAGCUGCGCAGGGACAGCCUGACCACAGAGAGUUUGCCAUCAGACAGAAAGAAAUCAAAGCGCAGUCUAACCAAGGAGCUUUCGGACCUUGUCAUAUACUGCAAGAAUGAACAUUUCAACAACUUUGAACAUGCACGCAUCCACGGCAAGCCAUAUGACAUAUCCUCUUUCUCUGAGUCCAAGGGCCGCAAAAUUAUCAAGGAAGCAGCUGCUGAUUUUGUUCAGCACAACGCAAGGCAGAUUACCAGGGUGUAUCCUAGUGGCCUAAGGACAGACUCUUCAAACUUCUGUCCCCAAGACAUGUGGAUUGUGGGAUGCCAAAUGGUGGCUUUAAACUUCCAGACAGCAGGACUGGAGAUGGAUCUUAAUGAUGGUCUUUUUAGUCAGAAUAACCACUGCGGAUAUGUUCUGAAACCUGAGAUCCUGCGCAACAGUGAGCAACAGUUCAAUCCAGAGAGGCCUCAGGACCGCAAAGAUUACUGUCCCCUCAUCCUCACUAUUCAGGUAAUUAGUGGCCAGCAGCUCCCUAAAGUAAACAACAAAGUAGGCUCCAUUGUAGACCCUUUUGUAAGGGUGGAGAUAUAUGGUGUACCUCCGGACCAGGCCACACAGGAGACAAGCUACAUUGAGAACAAUGGACUCAACCCAUGCUGGAACGAAACAUUAGAGUUUGUGGUCCAUACUCCUGAACUGGCACUCAUCCGCUUUGUCGUGGAGGACUAUGACAUGGCAACCAAGAAUGAUUUUAUAGGGCAGUACACAGUUCCCUUCUCCUGCAUUCAGUCAGGGUAUCGCCACAUUCAUCUUUUAUCGAAAGACGGCACAAGCCUUCUCCCCUCCUCUCUGUUUGUUAACAUUAAUAUUACAGAAGCCUCCUAG